GUUGGAAAACAUUGAUCAGAGGAAACGUCACUGUCAAUACCAUCUGUGUUAUGUCAACACGCAAAACCAACAGUAGUUUUUUCUCAAGAAAAUAGUGAAGUGAGUGUUUUUUGCAGUUUUUGUCUUCUAAAUGUGAAAUGCCGUGUAAGCCACCGAUUUCCAAAUUAGUAAUCUACCUGGAUUAGCAAAGAAGUUUUAGUCAAGGCCACUGAAACAAUGAUACAUUUCCUGAUUUUCCUAGUUUAAUUAAAAUUAUUUAAAAAAUACUUAAUUGAAAAUGGCCGUGAAUCUGCCCACAAUGCCUGUGAGGAAAUACAGGCGCGAAGCGAGCGAAGUCAGUGGCUGUUUGAAAUAUAUGAUAUUUGGGUUUAACGUGCUCUUUUGGCUGUUGGGAUUAGGUAUUUUGACUGUAGGAGUAUGGGCUUGGAGCGAAAAAGACAUUUUUAAUAAUUUAGGAAAAGUAGCAAAUGUUGCACUUGAUCCAGCGUUUAUUUUGAUAUGUAUUGGGACUGUGACUUUUAUUAUUGGCUUUACAGGAUGUGUGGGGGCACUGCGUGAGAAUACUUGUCUUUUAGCUACAUAUGCCAUAUUUUUAUCUGUGUUACUUUUAUUCGAAAUGACGGCCGGAAUUCUCGGAUUUAUUUUUAAGGAUUGGAUUAAAUCUCAAGCUACGAUAGGUUUCCAGACUUUUAUUAUUCACUAUAGGGAAGAUCCAGAUCAGCAAAAUUUAAUUGACUGGAUCCAAGAGGACUGGUUGCAAUGUUGUGGUAUAGAAGGGCCCAAAGAUUGGGAUCGUAACAAUUAUUUUAAUUGUUCAUCGCGCGAUGUUGGCAGUAGGGAGGCUUGUGGUGUCCCUUUCUCAUGUUGUAAACGCAAACCAAAUGAAAUUAUCAAGAAUAAACAAUGCGGUUACGACGUGCGAAAACCAGGUUUCCCCGGAGAGCGGCACAUUUUCGAAAGGGGCUGCUUGCGCGCGGGUGAAGAGUGGAUUGAGGGCAAUCUAGUCCCUGUUGCUGCAGUAAAAGUGGGAAUAAUGGUGCUUCAGAAUUUUGAUGUGUCAAAAAUAAUUAACGAGAAAGGAUGUCUGGAAGCGAUUGAAGAAUGGUUGGAGCGAAAUAUGAUUUCGUUAGCAACAUUUGGUUUUAUUAUUUUGUUUUUGCAAAUUUUGGGGAUUUGUUUCGCGCAAAACCUGCGAGCUGAUAUUUUUGCACAGAAGGCGAAAUGGCAUUGACAAUCGAGGACUCCCACUGCAGUGUAGUACAGUCCGGCCUGUCGCAUCGCAUGGGAGCCUUUUUCGACUCAAUUUGAUUUUGUAUAAGGUGCUUUUACACUUUGUAGCGUGCAAUUGUUUCAGUGUAUUGGAUGCACAAAAAUUUACUAAAAAAAAAGAGCAAUUUUAGAUUUUUGGCUCAAAAAUGUGAGGAUCUGCCAGUUUUUAUUGUGGGGCAGCUCCUCGAUUUUUAUCAAUAACUACUAAUAUUUAAUGUGCCUGUUUUAAUGUAACAACUGAGGCCCACUCAUUAAUUGCAUGUUUCUUUAAUAACUGUAAGUAUUCGUAAUUGUGAUAUUAUUUCCCAUCAUCAAAAUACUCUCUUGCAACUGCCAAUUAGCAGCUUUUACAUAUUUUUUUAUACAUUCCAUUGUUUUAUUUAUUUUUUACUCAUUUAUUGACAUUGAAAAGACACUAUUUGUAUAUUGUCCCGAAAAGUAAAGUUGUACUAAUUGUAUAAAUUGUUGAAACUAUUGUAAUCUUUAUAUUGACAAGAUCUGAAAAUAAAUUGUAAAAUAAUACGA